AUGCACAACGGGGUGGGCAAGAACUCGGGCGAUGUCUCGGUAGAGAAUCGCCCGCCCACGACCGAGAUCGAUAGCGACGAGGCCAACCAGCUCCUCAGCGAGGACGAUGAUCAUGGCGACCAGGAGACCCUAUGUCGCAACGGGAAAAGGAAACGGCCCAUCUCGGUCUCGUGUGAGCUAUGCAAGCAAAGAAAGGUCAAAUGUGAUCGUGGUCAACCCUCUUGUGGUUGGUGUAGCCGAAAUGGCGCCGUCUGCGAGUACAAGGAGCGCAAGAAGCCUGGCUUGAGAGCUGGCUACGGUCGCGAACUCGAACAGCGUCUCGACAAGCUCGAAGAGAUCUUGCGCUCUCAUGCCGAGAUCCUUCAAGCCACUCUAGCAGCCAACACCAAUCCUGCUCUUGCUGCCAGCGUCCGACAUAGCAACCCAAGUCUUCCCAGCGAUCAAGGAACACCACGAGAUGGUCCUCACGUCUUUCGACCCUCCGAGCCCGUCCGUACCCCUCAGACCGACUCUGCUUUGUUUGGGCAGAAAGCUCCCAGCUCUGGUUUUGCGCCCAGCACCCAAAGCGUUGACUUUGGCGUCGCCCGUACUCCUGGUGUGAGCGAUGGCUUUCAGAAUGGGAACCAUGUGCAGCUGCCUCCCAUGACGGCGGCUUCUCAGAUCUCGCCCAUGCAGCCCAGCGCAGCUGCGCAAGACUACUACAACUCUGUACAACCCAAUAUUCAUUCUCCCACAGCAGCAAUGUCAGCAGCCCCUGGAACUACCACUCCCGACCGGGAUAUGCCACCCUACGACCUUCUCUACGCCCUUGUCGACCUCUACUUUAAACACAUCAACACCUGGUGCCCAAUCCUUCACCGCAAAACAACCCUAGAUACCCUAUUCGGUCCGUCUACACUCGACGAGACUGAUCGAAUCCUCCUCCACGCGAUUGUGGCAACGACAAUGCGCUACUCGACAGAUGCGAGAUUGACCGACGAACGACGGGAGCACUACCACAGGGUUUCCAAAGAACGAGUUCUCCUUUACGGCAUGGGAAACUCAUCAGUCAAGUCCCUGCAAGCUCUCGUCAUUCUCGCCCUCGAUCUCGUCGGUAGCGGCAAUGGGCCUCCGGGAUGGAACAUCAUGGCGCUCAUCACCCGCUCCGUGGUACAACUUGGCCUGGCUGUAGAAAUCACGUCGUCGACAGUGUCCCCCCAUUACCUCUCAAUUUAUACCUUGCGUGCCAUGACUCUUUCAGAGCCUAAAGACUUUAUUGAAGAAGAGGCGCGACGGCGACUCUUCUGGAUGAUUUACCUGCUGGACCGAUACGCAACGAUCGCAACAGCCUUCGAGUUCGCCCUCGACGACCGGGAAAUAGACAGGACGUUGCCCUGCCGCGACGAUCUGUGGAUCAAGAAUCAAAAGGUGGACACCAGGUGGUUCCGCACUGAUGUGAACCACUCGGGCUCCCCAGACCACGACAUCGACCAGCCCGAGAAUCUUGGCGCCUUUGCGUACUACAUUGAGAUUCUUGGCAUUCUUUCCAAGAUACACAAGUUCUUGAAGCAGCCAGUUGAUAUCAGUGCCUUAAGCGACGUGGAGCAAUGGCAGAUGCGGUACAAGGAGUUGGACAACAUGCUGACGUCGUGGAAGUUUGGCCUCCCCGGUGAGUUUGGCAACAUGGCCAAGCUCUUCCAUCCGGGCAGCAAGAACAUCAAUUGCGCCUGGGUCAUGCUUCACGCCACGUACCACACAGCUGUCAUCCGCCUUCAUUCGUCUGCCGCCUAUCCUACGACAAGGUCCCCCAUCUUCACCCCGUCUUAUAGUGCAUCUCAACGGUGCCACAGCGCCGUGGAGAAUGUGGCUGCGCUGGGGGAAUUCGUAGUGAAUAAUGGGAUGUUGGCCAAGCUGGGUCCACCAUUUGCAUUUACUCUUUGGGUGUCAGCACGGCUACUCCUUGUUCACGGCUCAACAGUUGAGCACAAACUGUCGCCUCAGAUUUCCUUCUUUGUCGACAGCCUCCGCGAUAUGGGUCGGUUCUGGCCUGUUGCCGCUCGAUACUGUCAGUUACUGCAAAGGGUCCUGGACGAGCACCGCGAUAGUGAGCGACAGGGCGAUGGCAUAACCCCCAGCUCUGUCAAGAUACUGUCUGACAUGCGACGCACGGCAUUCGAUCUGGACUUCCUCAUCUCUCGGCAGCCGAACCAGGGUGGAUCAGCGCUGAGUCGAUUGCCCAGUGUCACACCAGCGAGGACGCCAGCACCAAACGAACUUGAAUAUCUCGAUGUCUUUGACUUUUUCAACGUUCCUCGCCUGCCGUUCGGAGGCGAGAAUAUUGCUGGUGUGAAUGGAACUCCAGCGCCAGCAGACAACAGCAUGGAUACAUCCAAUGACAAUGGUCCUCCUGGCCUGGGGGCCUCGAACGAGUUUAAUAUCACCAACUUCAUGGUCGAUGCCAACAGCGAUUGGCUGUUUAAGCAGGAAGGGGGGUCGAAAUUUAUGACGACAACAUGA